AACAACUCACAGUAGCAUAUUCGCGUACUGUCGUGCUUCUCCGCACAUUCAGUCAAGCCAAAGCCAGCAUUCAAGCCCGCGUUUAAGCCAGCAUCUAAUCAAGCCAGACAGCAAUUAUACCUUCAGUUGUACCUUCAACCGCGCCUUCAACCGCGCCUUCAACUGUGCCUUCAACCGUGCCUCAACUGUGCCUCAACUGUGCCUCAACUGUGCCUUUAAUUGUGCCUGCAUGUGAUAGGACAUUCAGUAGGAGUUACAGGCGUAGCUUACUAAUUAAUUUGACAGCUAACAGCCCCUUGCUACCAAACCGGCACUUGUCGACCAUAUCUUUUAUUUACACCCGCUCCUUUUAUCAUUUCGCUUAACCUCAACUCUCCUCUCCUCUCCUCUCUAGGAAAGUCCUCUAAAAUGGAUUCCAAGGAACAACAACACGAUUCUGAACCUUCAACGCUCCGUGAAGACAGCAACGCGCUACAGGCCUCGCCGGACGCGCCAUCUUCAGAGAAAGAGCAAGAUGAUCCACAGCCCCCUACACCGCCAAAUGGGGGUUUUAUGGCCUGGCUACAGGUUGCUGGCGCCUGGACGAUCAUGUUCAAUGUCCUUGGCUUGCUCAACUCGUAUGGUCAGUUUCAAAACAUCUAUGAGACGGAUCUUCUCAAGAAUGAGUCUGCUUCGACAAUCGCAUGGAUUGGCUCGGCCCAGUUCCUCGUCUGCUACCUCGUCUGCAUUUUCACCGGUCCGCUUCUGGAUACGGGACACCUCCACCUCCUUCUCGGCAUUGGAACCGUAGUCACGGUCUUCGGCUUAAUGAUGGUCAGCUUGUGCCAUUCAUACUACCAGUUCUUUUUGGCCCAGACCAUCGUGACUGGCAUUGGCUUUGGUCUCAUCUUCUUGCCGGCUUCGUCAGUCGUGUCGCAGUGGUUUUCUACUCGCACUCCUCUCGCAAUUGGAAUCUCGGUGAGCGGAUCAAGUAUUGGUGCUGUCAUAUACCCCAUAAUGCUUAAACGCCUUGCAGGACAGAUUGGAUUUCCAUGGACGGUACGGAUCAUGGGCUUCAUGGUCCUCGGUACCAUGCUCCUCGCCGCUGCCGUGAUGCGAGUACGAGUUGGAAAGAAUCCACGAAAGAGAAAAGUUAUCGACCUCAGACAUUUCAAGGACAAGCUCUACCUCAUUGCUUGUCUGAGCUUCUUCGUCAAUUUCCUGGGACUCUAUGUCUUCUAUUACUAUAUUUCCCUCUACGCCACCGAAGUGGCCGGUACCGACCAGAGUCUUGCCAAUUACCUCCUUCCCAUCCUGAACGCCGGAUCCUUUUUAGGCCGUCUCAUCCCCAACUGGAUCGCUGGGCGCUAUGGACUCAUGAAUGUGCAGAUUAUUUUCGGAGUCAUUUCUGGUGCCUUGGCUUUUGCUCUUUUAGGCAUUAAGACCACAGGUGGCGUCGUUGCGUUCACCGUCGUCUACGGUUUCGUCUCCGCCCCUUACGUCUCUCUUCCUAUCCCGAUAGUGACGAGCCUAUCACCCGAUAAAAGUGUCUGGGCAACACGAUUGGGAAUGAGUUUUGCCAUCAUUGGCCUCGGCGCACUCAUCGGCAGCCCUGUAGCGGGUGCUAUUCUCGGGGACAGCAAUAAUAGGAACUGGACCGGUCUGAUCGUUUGGUGUGGAGUCAUGUUCUUCGCUUCCACCGCCAUUCUCACUACUGUGCGUACUAUGAAAGUGGGGUUCAACCUCUUUGUGAAAGCCUGAACCAGGAGACGGAAUGGUUACCCCUCAGCUGUCAGGAUGCCUUACGUUGUGGCAUUUCCGUAGCAAUCAUCUCACUGUCAAACAGGCUGCUUGCAUUGAGCCGGAAUCUUCUACGGUGGCACCUUAGAUUGACUCCGCCAAAACCACCAACGCCGGAAAUUCCAUUUUUUCUCACAUGAUCAGAAGAGUAAAACUAUCAUAUAGAGGAUUUCUUGUACACGAAUAAUAAAGCCUUACUUUGACUAUUAU